UUUAGAAGGAAACGCCCAUUAAGAUGGCGGACGGUUUCGAUGUAGGAGAAAUACUGUCAGGAGCUAACCUGGACUGGACUCCGCUGGGAGAGGGUUUUGCAAAAUGUUACAUGAACUAUGAUGAACUUGAAUGGAAGGUUGACCUUGCUAAUCAGAAAGCAGUAGUGGCACCCUAUGGAGGAUCAAUAGCUGUAUUAACAAAGCAUGAAGGAUGGUCUGAUAUCACUACAUACACAUUGGCUGCAAAGAAAAUAGGAUUCAUCAAACUUGAAGGUGGUAAGAUAGUUGGUAUGGGUUGGACAGCGUCUGAGGAUCUGGUCCUGAUAUACGAUGACGGGACUAUGGUAGUCUAUACUGUUCAUGGCGUCAUGAAGUUUCAGAGAUUACUAGCUCGAGAAAUCAGAGAUCACCGUGUUGCUCAAGUCAGGUUUUUCCAUUCAAUCGAAGGAUUCGCUGGCUUUGCCGUAAUGACCUUUGAUUAUCAUUUCUAUGUAGUAGCAGACUCCGACAGAGAUAAGGAUGACAUUCGAGUCAAAACGCUAGCAGAGCUACCUUCUGGAACUUUGAAUACUUGUCCCUCUUGCUGGGCUGUCAUGCCUUCUGGGAAGAAUGUUGGAGUCAUUGCUGUGGUUGAAGGCCAAGUGUAUCUAAUGCAGUCAUUUGAGACAGUUCCUAUAAGUGUUGCUUGUAAAGAUUCUAAUAGACAGUGGACAUCAAUUGCCAUAUCACUCAGUGGCAAGGCAGCAGCACUCAUUGAUAAGACUGGAUACAUAUGGGCCGGAUCGUCCGAUUUCAAAUCGCAAGAAGUAGAGUUUGAUAUCCAAAGCUCGUCGAAUGUCUUACAAAUGGAAUGGUCUGGCAAUGAUUUCAUUGUUCUUUUAUAUGAGAAGUUUAUUUUCCUUAAAGGCCUUGCAAAGCACUGGUGCAAGCUACCCAGUAAAGGCCCGUGUGUCCUUGCAGCUGAGAUCGAUGGAGUCAGAUUGGUUACUAACACCACCUGUGAGUUUAUUCACAGGGUACCAAAGAGCUCACUGAGUGUAUUGAAAGUGGCUUCGCUUCAACCAGGAGCUAUUCUCAAUGACGCCUACAAGGAGUACAUUGGUGACGAGAGCCACAAAGCUGACGAGUACAUUAGAUAUAUUAAGGACAAGCUCCCUGAUGCUGUACUCCAGUGUAUUAGCGCUGCCUCUGAAGAAUUUGAACCAAAGAUUCAGCAAGCAUUGCUCAUGUCUGCUAAUUUUGGUAAAGGGUUCCUUGGUCCUGAUGUAUCUGAUGAUAUCAUUACUGCUUUUGUUGAGACUGCUCGGAAUCUUCGUGUCCUUAACUUUGUUCGUGACCCGGCCAUUGGAAUACCCAUCACAUACAGACAGUUCAGUCGUUUGUCUCCUGGUGUCCUCGUGGACAGGUUGACCAAUCACAGGCAGUACCCGGUAGCACUCGAGAUUUGUAAUUAUUUGAAAUUACCCUCCGAUGUCGGGGAAGUUAAAGUCCUCACACAGUGGGCCCUCCACAAAGUUAGGGAUAAGACUGUUAGCGACACUAAAGUUGCUAAUAUGAUACUGACCCGAUUCAAAUCCUGUGGUAUUGUUAUAUCGUAUGCUGAUAUAGCGAGAGUGGCGAGACAAGAGGACAGGAGGACACUAGCAGCUCAACUACUAGAGCAUGAGGUACUGGUAGAGGACCAGGUGCAGAUGCUAUUAGAGAUGGAUGAAGCUGACAAGGCACUGGAUAAAGCCACUAGUAGCUGGGAUGCGCAAUUAGUUUAUGAAGUGUUGGAGAGGAUGAAAGGGUCUCAGAGGACAUCGGAUUACAUGAAGGUAUUUAAUCACAGACCCACGGCGGCUGCCCUCUAUAAGAAGUAUUGCAAAGAGAAUGAUUCUGAGGGGCUUGUCAAUCUCUGUCAUCAGGAAAGUGAUUUUGUUGGUGCUGGAAUACAUCUUCUAUCUCAAGCCUAUCGCGUAGCAAAGCCCAAGGAAGAAAAAGAUGAAAAGGAGAGAAAAGAAGCAAAAGAGAGAUUCUUAGUCCCAAGACAAGAGCUGGUUAAGCAAGCGUACAAGGAAUUCACGGAUGGACAGUUGUCAUUUCAUAUGAAGGUUAUAGAGGAUCAAGACAGGCUUCAUAGAGAGCAGACACAGCUUAAGGAGGAUCACAAGUUUGAUACAGUCGGUUUAACUUUAUUUUCAACAAUAAUGGAGUGUGUUAGAAGGAGUCAGUUUAAAGUAGCCGAUAAUUUGAAAAAGAAGUUUGCCAUGCCUGACACACUUUUUUGGUGGGCAAAGCUAAGAGCUCUUGCAUCAGUCGCUAACUUUGAAGAAAUCGAGAGAUUCUCAAAACAAAAGAAAUCUCCGAUAGGCUAUGAGCCAUUUGUUGAGGUUUGUUUGCAAAAGAACAGAUUUACAGAAGCUAAUAAAUACAUCCCUCGCUGUCCUCCUAAUAAAAGAUGCAGACUGUACAUGAUAACUGGUGAUUGGCAUAAAGCUGCUGAGACUGCUGCUAGUGAGAGGAAUAUUGCUGCUUUGGAUGAAAUGCUACAGCGUCAAGGCCGCAACGAUGCAGCAUUGGUUGACUACAUUAAACAAAUUAAAAUGAAACUAGGGGCACAAUGAAACUCACAUUCCUCUUUCUCUCUUUCUCCGUCUAUUAUUUUAUGUACACGUACAAGUGUGCUUGCUGAACUUUUUUACAAAAU